CCCCUCUGCUGACCCCCUGACCCCUCUCUGGCCAUUGUCCGAGCCCCCGGCCGGCCGGCCGCUGGCCGAGUGGCGGCUCCGGGGGUACCUGUGGGAGGCGCUGCGGGCGCUGCGGGCGCUGCACGCUCGGCCGCUCGCCCACGGCGACCUCAGCCCGGACAACGUCCUGCUGGACGGCUCCGGCCGCGUCCGGCUGGCCGACUUCGGCAUGGCCGCGGGGCCGGGGCUGACCGCUGGGCUGGGAGUGACCGCUGACCCUGGAGUGACCACUGACCCCAUGGCCGACUUCGGCAUGGCCGCGGGGCCGGGGCUGACCGCUGGGCUGGGAGUGACCGCUGACCCUGGAGUGACCGCUGACCCUGGAGUGACCACUGACCCCAUGGCCGACUUCGGCAUGGCCGCGGGGCCGGGGCUGACCGCUGACCUCGGAGUGACCGCUGACCUCGGAGUGACCACUGGCCCUGGAAUGACCUCUACCCCCAGAGUGACCAGUGCCUGCAGAAUGACCAGUGCCCCUGGAGUGACCACUGACCCAAGAAUGACCUCCACCCCCAGAGUGACCUCUACCCCCAGAGUGACCUCUGCCCCCGGAGUGACCGCUGACCCCAGAGUGACCACUGCCCCAGGAAUGACCUCUGCCCCAGGAGUGACCGAUGCCUCCAGAGUGACCACUGCCCCAGGAGUGACCACUGCCUGCAGA